CCAACAAAAUAUGUGUACAACUUGCGGCUAAGAAUUAGAUAAAUAUACAAACGAUAGCGAUGCAGAGUCAUGAAAUAUGAGAAUGCAUAGAAACACUAGAAGUUAGAACCCGCACAUAGAGCCGCUGCCUAGAACGGGGACAUUCACUGAUUGAGUAGUGAUUCAGGUUCAAGGAUAGCUCCAAGAAACGAAUCAUUCGUGAAAGAAAGCUACUAAAGCCGAAGUCAGCAAAAGGAAGUUCUCCUAUCGGCAUCGGCUCUACACAACUGUGUGAUAUGAGUAACAGUGACUGGGAUAGUCCGUCAGAAGGGGUUGACUAUGGACCACAGAAAACAAAACGUCAUAUCGAAGCAAAGAAGCCACCAGAUGAUUCUGAAGAUGAGACACCAACGAGAGACAAAGCAGUUAGGCCAACCACUAAACCAAGGAAGAAUGCAAUGCUAGACCAAACUUCCAGACAGACCAAACCACACUCGGGACCAAUAACAUUCAUAGAUCGUUCAUUAGACCCGGACAGAGCAAGAGAAACACCAAAACCACCCUAUGACUUCAAGGGUGCAAUGGAGCUUGGUAGAUACACGUAUGUUUUUGAGCAUGGUGCUACAGGUCACUACACUGCCCAGCGUGAUGUCGUGCCUUCUACUGUGACCACAUAUGCAGACCAGUCGGAGCUUUUCGCCUAUCGCAUUUGGGAAGAGUUCUUCUCCGUUCUUCGUUUCCCGGUCGACUUCAUCGUCAUCUUCUUCAUCGAGCUGAUCAAGUUUCUAUGUCGACACAUCUUCCAGCGGCUGCUGGUCGGCGUCGUCACGGUGCUGUGCGACUACGCAUUCAAGCCACUGCUCGCCGGCCUGUUUAACGGGCUGCUGCAGCCCACACUUGUGCUCGCUUGGAACGUCGUCGUCUCUCUCAGGCGCGUCUUCGAGCCGCUCACCGACAUCUUGCACAGUUUGGUCGCGCAGGUGGUGCUGCUGCUCAGGGCCGUCCGUCUCAUAGAGUGGAAUUCUUGUCCGGACCCGGGGAAGCAUCGUGUGGUGGUCAGCGUCUGACGCGUUGUUCGAAUGUUCGCGAGUCGAUCGAAAAUCUCAUUUUGCUUGUCGUAGUGUAAUGCGUUUCUGGGUUGUAGCUUGCGCAGGGCUUAUCAUUUCUGUAGUUAUUUAUUAGCUGUUCUCGUGGAGCUUGUGGAAUGGCCCUAGCGUCUAUCCGUCCGCAGUGGAAGCACAAAUUCAAAUGGCCUUAUUGACGGUGUACUUAUUUUGUGUGUAGUAAAAGAUAUUGUCAGGGCAGAACUCAAAGGCGGGGGUUAAAGGUCUGUGGACCUAUGUGUGAAUACUCCGUCAAACUGGCAUUGUGCACCUAUGCAACGAUGAGAAAAAUCUAUAAAGAUGCGCCGGUGGUUAUCACAUUGUCAGAUAGAAAAGCCGUCCCAAUGUGUGAAAGUGGAGGUCAUGGGUUCGAAGUUAACAGUUUUCGUGAUUUUGACGCUAUGAACUGACAAAUGAUGACUUAGUAUUAUACAUUAUACCCUAAGGAGUAUGAAACGUUUAGUUCUCUACAGUUUACUACAAUGGUUAGUGAAAUGUUCAAUGCAAUCUAUAAAUAAUCCAUAUAGAGCUAUCUUAUUAGAACUGGAGGUCAAUCAGGGCAAAUGGACGGUUUAUAGGUUUCUGCUGACAAGUUGUAAUUCAACUGCUAGAAAUCUAUUUAUUCUUCUACUUUAUUGAGAUUUUCCUCCGACUAUCUCAGACUCGAAUACCUAAUGCGCAUAGUUUAUAUUAAAACGAGGUCCCCAAACCAAUGUUAUUGUGUAUUCUGCGCCUUGUAUUUUGUGAAGUUUAUAAUUGAUGUCAUAUGAAUACAAUUUUAGGGGUAUGCAACCACCAAGACCAAGAACUAAACUUGUUUUCUAUUAAGAGAUUACCAUUACAUGUAUUUGUUGACUUGACCAAUUGAUUUUAUUACUUCUACUGGUUUAGAUUUGCUGCAUAGUUAUAAUAGCUAUAGCUUUAAAGGCAUAAUAGGCCCAUCGAUUAUGCAAUUUUAACGAAUGCUAGAGUAACUGGCACCUUGUGUA